AUCACAUGUUAAGUAGAGAGGAAAACCGUAUCAUAUAAUAUAAAUUAAUAAUCUAAUGGAACAUACAAAAAUUUAGGUGAAUAAUUGUUUACAUGUCCCAAGAGGGAGAGGGAGAGUGAGAGACUAUCUUCUUUGUCAAGAUCUAGGGUUCCUAUCCCCUCUUUUUGCACAAAGAACUGCAUCUCUUUUUUGUCUUGCUUAGUUGAUGAGUUUUCAUUACCAAAAUCGAUGCCUCUUGUCUUCUGAACAGCAGUUUUUCUCUCCUAUCAGGAGGUGAGAAGUUGUCUUUGUCAGGUGAAAUAGAAAGUUUAGACUAAGAUUUGGGAAGAAAGAUAGGAGUGGAGUCAAAAGGAAAGAUCAUAUGGAGGAAAGCAACCAUACUGGAUGUUCAAAAACGAGUGCCUCUCUACAAGAUCAUGAUGAGAGUGCUGGUGGAGAGAAUGAUGAAGAAGAAAGUAGGCCUAAAAAGGGAGGAAGUUCAAGCAACAGCACGGUCGAAGAAAGCGAAAACAAGUCUUCAGUAAGACCCUAUGUUAGAUCCAAGCUGCCAAGGCUCCGUUGGACGCCUGAGCUUCAUCUUUGCUUUAUUAAAGCUGUGGAAAGACUUGGUGGCCAAGAAAGAGCGACUCCUAAACUGGUUCUUCAACUGAUGAAUGUUAAUGGACUUAGCAUUGCUCAUGUCAAGAGCCAUCUACAGAUGUAUAGAAGCAAGAAGGUAGAUGAUCCAAGUCAAGGCAUGACUGAUCAUAAGCAUCUUGUGGAAAGUGGAGAUCGCAAUAUUUAUAACCUCAGCCAACUUCCCAUGCUGCAAGGAUAUAAUCAGUACCAACGACAAAAUUCCAGCUUCAGGUAUGGAGAUGCUUCUUGGAAUGCUCGUGAACAUUUUAUUUAUAACCCUCAUGUGGGUCGGUGUGUAAUCGAUCGAACCAGACCAGGAUCCUAUGGAACAGUGGCUGAGAGGAUCUUUGGUAGCAGCAACAAUAGCAACUGGAGUGUCAAUUCUGGCAAGUUCCAAAUGGGUGCUUCCUCUUUGAUUAAUGCACAAUCUAAAUGGAAAAAUGAAGAGCUUAAAGGUGAUCAACAACUGCCACAAUCAUUAAUGCACAACAAUAGAUUCUGGCAACCACAACCAAGUCCAAGCCUCAUUGAUGUUAGCCCUCUCGUGCUACCUCAAAUGCAAACCAAAGUAGGGGAGAGUAGUAGUCCACAUUUUAAGAGGUUUCUGCCUUCAGAUUCAAAAUCAACAACUAGUACAGUACAAGAGUGGAAGACAUUGAAAAGAAAGGCUUCAGAUUGCAAUCUUGACUUAGAUUUGUCUCUGAAGCUAACACCAACAAAAGAUCAUGAUAGCAACCAGCGAAGUUUGGAGGACAGUACUAAAGUUAACAGUGAGCUAUCUCUCUCUUUGUACUCUCCCUCAUCCUCAAAGCUUAGUAGAUUGAAGAGAGAAGGGGAUGGGAAUAAAGAUCAUGGAAAAAGGGCAAGUACUCUAGAUCUGACUAUAUGAAUGAGACAUUCUAAGUGAGAUCUUGAGGUACUUGUCCAAAAUAUUGCAAUUCAUAUGAUUGUCUUUUACCAUCAUACAAAUCAAUAGCAAGCAUUUCUUAACUUCGAGCUUGCUUUCUCCAA